GUGUAGAUCCACUGCAGACAUCUGAAGCUUCAAGAUUUAAGUCUUAAAGAUGAUAAUCACCAAUGUACAGUUUCAAACACUGAUUUGUCUGUAUCUUAUAACGAUCCUCAUAAGUCAGACAAUGGCUUUUAUGUCUUUGUUGUCAAAAUCUAAAAAGCAUCAGGACAUAACUCGUGAUGCAAUUCUACAGACAACAGCUGAUGUCUGCAAACAGCAAGCACUCAAUAAGGGACAAAAUUUUGUUCUGACAUUGCCAAUGACAGUAAACUCAGUGGCAGAAGCUUGUUCCUUGUCUCAAUCAGCCAAACAUUUUCAAAGGAGCAUCGAUGAUAUAAAUCAGCACAAUGCCAGAGUUGACUUUUGGAAAUAUUUUGAACCAAGUUUCCAUUUUUGCAAUGAGGAGUUUUUGGCUGGAAGGGAUAUUAUUACUGCAGGAGUUUCUGCUGUCAAAUGCAGUGUCAAACAGCAGAGAUAUGAAGCUGCCAGAGAGGAGCUUGGUAAAAUCUUACACCCUUUGCAGGAUUUCUACAGUCAUAGUAACUGGAUUGAGCUGGGAAAGCGAGAACCUUAUUCCAACCUGAUUAAGCCAAACACCCCAAUUAACAACAUAGCAGAUUCAGAAACAUGCAGAAAAUGUACAAGCAGCAUCUGCAAAGACAACAUCCUGGAAGAUGUCAUCAAAAAUCAGAAACUAACAUCAGGAUACUUUGGCAUUUCCAAACCAAAAGGAAAAUGCAGUCAUGGAGGAUUUUUUGAUGCAUCAAGUUGGUUGCAAGGUGGCAUAAAUAAGGAUAGUGAAAGCUCCAGCCAUGGUUAUCUGCAUUAUGAGGCAGCAUCGGUAGCUACUGCUGCUACCGGAGAACUGCUACAGGAUAUAAGAGCAGCAAUUGGGGAUUCUGAAUCCCACAGACUGAUGGGAUUCAGCCAGACUUCAGUACUGUGUUUUGUUAUUGAUACCACUGGCAGCAUGUCUGAUGACAUUGAUGAGGUCAGGAGAGUUUCUUCAUCUAUCAUUGACAGUAAAGUAGGCACAGCUGUUCAACCUUCAGAAUACAUCCUCGUGCCAUUUAAUGACCCUGAUUAUGGCCCACUAACAAGAACAUCUGAUCCUAAUGUGUUUAAAGAACGACUUAAUGCACUUAGAGCUCAUGGUGGAGGAGAUUCACCUGAAAUGUGUCUUUCAGGUCUACAGCUCGCCCUCACUGGAUCUCCACCACAGACUCAGAUUUUUGUUUUCACUGAUGCUGAUGCAAAAGAUAAAAGGUUGACAAGCACCGUGAAAGCACUGAUUGAGAAAACAAAGUCUGUUGUGACCUUUAUGCUAACUACUGGCUUUAGUUUUCGAAGUCUGCCUAUACAUCGCCAAAAGCGAGCAUCCACUGGGGUUUUCACUCAGUUGAACCAGGUCUACCAUGACCUUGCUCAAGCCUCUGGAGGUCAGGCUAUUGAAGUAACCAAUGGAACACUAGACCAGGCCACUAGCAUUAUUGCAGAUAUCUCCAGAUCUACACUGGUCACACUAUUCCAGGCUGUUAGAAACACAGUAGAUGCUGAAAACAUCUCAGUCUUUGUGGAUUCCUCUGUGCAAAACCUGACAAUUUACAUCACAGGCAACUCUCCAGAUUACACCAUCACUAGUCCCUCAGGAGUCUCACAGAGCAGCACUGAACUAAAUGGGACAUUGGGGCUUAUUCAGAGAGUCGGUAACUUCCAUACAGUGCGACCAAAUAUUGCAGAGCAGGUUGGAUUGUGGCUCUUCAGUAUUAAAUCCACACAGAUGUACACCAUCAAAGUUGUUGGUCAAAGUGCUGUUGACUUCAUGUUUGACUUUGUAGAACUUUCCCAAGGGCUUCAUCCAAGCUAUUCUGUAUUAAACAGCAGGCCUGCAAAUGGCAAUGUCACCCUGUUGGUGUCCAUGGUCGGUGGGGACAGUGUGAGUCUUACAGAGGUGUCUCUGGUCGAAGCCUCAAGUUCAAACUCCUUAAAUGGGUCACUAGAAGAGGUAGCUAGUGGCCAGUACUUAGUGACCUUCAACAGCAUCCCGGCACGAGAGUUUACUGUUCGUGUGUUUGGACAGAUCAGUGCCUCUAGAUAUUUAGCUAACACCUUUCAGAGACAGUCACCAACUCGGUUCAAAGCAUCAACUGUGACCAUUACUACUCAACCUGUUGGAACAAUGGAACCAGGAAAACAAUUCACUCUCCCUUUCACACUUGCAACCAAUGGCACUGCUGGAAGCUUUAAUAUCAAUGUCAGCAAUGAUCGCAAUUUUGAAACUCAGUUUAACAGAUCCAUAACUCUUGAGAGUGGAGUCAGUGUGAAUGACUCAGUAACUCUGACUGUACCUGAAAAUACUACCUCUGGAACUGAUGUCACUGUGACAAUUGAAGCUGAAGCAGUUGAUGGAAGUGACUCCAACUACGCUGUGCUACGUAUCGCUAUCAUUGCUCCGAUAACAGAUUUUACUCCUCCCUUGUGUGAGGCAGUCAGUGUAAAUGCUAACUGCUCAGGCAAUUGCAGCCUCUCCUCAUGGUACCUCACUGCUAAUGUGACUGAUGGAAAUGGGUCAGGAAUUCAGAGUGUGAGAAUCCUUAAGGGAAACGGCAACCUCACCACUACCACUGUGUUCAGUGACACAGGCGUGAAUGUCACUAUGGUCAUCUACAAUGCCUCUUGCUGUUCACAGGACCUAGAACUGGUUGCUGUGGAUGAAGCAGGAAAUGUUGCUUCCUGUUUUCAUUUUGUAAGAGCUACAGAACUAAGCACCAGCACUGCACCCCCUGUAACAGAAACUAGCACCACCAACACCACCACUAUCCCCACAGAUACAACUACAACAUCCAUGUCUGAUCCAACCAACCAAACCGGCACUAAUAGUGCUGAAUGUUGCUUGAUUUUGCCAGUCUUCCUUUGGCUCAAUGUUGGAAUAGCAGUUUACAAAUUCAUGCAGCUCUAA